AUGUGGGUCCCUUCGCGAGCCGACAUUUUCAUCCGCUUCAACCUCGGGAAAAAGGGUUUCCCGGACACGAGGGAGCUGAGCGUGUGCUACCGGGCCAAGGCCACCAGUCUGGAGCAGAUCGAGACGUACAUCCACUUCGCCGCCAACAGCGAGAACGUCGAUGCUCUGGUUGUUAUGCGAAUAGGGUCUAAGCUUGACGUGUACGUCCAUGACGUGGGUCAGCCUGGGCUGACGGAUCUCUACACCGACCUGGUGCUCCACCGCUGGGAGCAUCACUGUUACAUCUUCUCCCAGGGCAGCUUCAAAGUCUUCAUUAACGGCAAAGAGAAAGCUGGUGCACCACUCAUUGAGAAAGACAUCUUGUUACCAGUCAACAGCACGCUCGUUUUUGGUUUGGAACAAGAUUCUGUCGGCGGUGGCUUCGACAAGACGCAGAUCUUCCGCGGGUACAUGGCUCAGGUCAACAUCUGGAACCGGAAAAUAAGCGACCAGGAUGUCAUGGACAUCGCCUCGUGCAAAAUGUAUGGCGAAGGGAACGUCUUUUCGUCAGAUGUGGACAUUGUGGAGGAGGUGGGAACGACUCGCGACGUUGUGCCGCUGGCUAAACUCUGUGAGCCCGAGAGUGAUUUUUUUGUCAUCCCAAUGAUGUUCAGCAUUUACGAAGGGAGACAGGAAUGCUACAGACUUGGGUAUGGAUUAUAUGCACCAGAAUCACCGCAAAAGAAUAAGGAAAUGUACAACGACUCUCUACAGUUUCUGGACACCUGUACAAACACUUACCACAUGUGGAUUGGUGUGUCAGAUGAGAAGGAAGAAGGAGUUUGGCGAAGGGACUCUGACAAAACAGUCAUGAAGGAUUUGUCUUGGGAGCUGGGUCAACCUGAUGGACAGACGAUACAAAACUGUGUAUACAUGUCAGUGUUCGAUGGUAAGUGGAGCGAUGAAGCGUGUGGACUUGGCAUCCUGUCGUGCAUCUCCUGCACGAAGAGGCAGAAUCCGCCACUCAUCCUUAGAGGAAUGUGCUUCAGAACGGAAGCUGAGACUUCUUUCGAAAUUCUUGGAUACAUCAACAGGAAACCAUACUUUCAUGGAUUCUAUGGUUUAAUGAUUUUUUUGACUGAAAAAGGAUCGGGAUCGUGGGCGCUUUUCGACACAAGAACUAAUGCAACAUUAGCCAUUCUGUCCUUGAAUUCCGUCACUGACUUCCCGAUUGGUAGAAAAACUUGGAUAGUCAAGAAUCCUGUGUGUGAUCUUCCCCUAAACACCAAACUUGACCUAAGCCUCUCGCCCUGUCACAACUCCGAGUUCACGUGUGGUAACGGAGAUUGCAUUACCAAAGAACAGCGUUGUAACUCUAGAGACGAUUGCAUUGAUUUCUCUGACGAGAACGGGUGUCACCUUGUGUCGAAGCCAGAGAGCUAUAGGGGUGAAAGACCCCCUGACGCAAUCGAGUUAAAUAAACCUCUCCAACUUUUAGCUAAAGUUCAAGUUCUCCGGUUCACGGAAAUUAACGAUGUCGGAAGAAUUGUCAGUCUCGAAAUGAACGUAAAUAUUGUCUGGAAAGACACACGGCUCAAGUACCUCAACUUGAAGAACACAAUGGAAUGGAACACGCUCUCACAGCAAGAAAUAGACAGCAUAUGGAGACCCAUCUUGGAGUUCCCGAACGUUCAAGACGGCCAAGUGAGGAUGCUGAAGGAGAAGCUGUACGCUGAGAAAGGUGGAAAUCCUCUUCCCCCAGAAUAUAACGACAUCAAAAUGGAGGCGGUGUACUCAGGAGACACAACAUCCCUUGUUCAAGUACAACAUUACAGUGGGACCUUCACCUGCCAGUUCGAUGUGUUCUACUACCCGUUCGACAAGCAGAGGUGCUCGGUCCUCAUCCAGCUCUCAUCUGUCAGGGAAGACAACGUCACCUUCACCAAGUUCGGCUCCACGGCGGAGUACACGAGCCUCGAGGAGUUGCCCCUGUACGUCGUCAACAACUUCCAGGCCAUCACCAAACACCGAGGUCAAGGUCUGACGCGCUUCAGUGUCUUAUCGGUGGAGUUUGAGUUGCACCGACGGUGGACAGUGAUCAUGAUGAACCUGUACCUGCCCACCAACAUGCUCCUGGCGACAGGCUACGCCACUCUCUUCCUCGAGGUGGCCGACCAAGGCAGCCGGAUGGAGCUGAGUCUGACGACACUGCUGGUGUUGUACACGCUCUUCAACAGCAGCUCCAGCUCCCUCCCCGUCACCGCCUACGUCAAGAUGAUCGACGUGUGGUUCCUCUACUGCAUCCUACUCCUCUUCUUCAUCAUCGUCUGCCACACAGUCGUCAGGAGCAAGAUUCAUCGCGUGCACAACUUUAGAAGUCAAACUCCUGAACGCAUCAAUAAGAUGCUGGAAAAGGUUCCUCCGGAGAUGAUCCUCAAGGUGAUGAGGUACUACGUGAUUCCUGGCACGGUGGCCAUCUUCAACACCGUCUACUGGGCAACACUUAUGCGCUCCUUAUCUCAUUAAAGCUGACGCUUACACAGAAGACUAAUACAUAGAGGUGUACAUACAACAACAAUUGAACCAGGUUAGCUAAAUCUGGAAUAGCAACGUGGCAAGUAUGGUUGUGUUCUCUGAUGAACAUUUACGAACUUUAGGAUAUGAACAAGAAAGGGAAGAAUGUCCGAGCAGAAUACUUAUUUGUCAGAAGCUAAUAUGACGCUCUGAAAUGUUCGCCGAGAGAGAGAGUGAGGGGCAUAGCUGAGAUGUGUCCAGCAUCCUUCUCACGUGCAGCCUAGCU